AUGAGAAUAUUGACAAUUAUUCCGUUUUUCUUCCUUUUAGGGUCGGCAUUGCUACUUAUCCUUACCAUUAUCAAUGGAGCGGGAACAUCCUCGGUGUUGGGCAAAUUUUACUGGUCAGAAACUGAUACUUCAGGCUUGAGCGGGGCGCCAGGUGAUCGUACAAGAUGGACUUUUUACAGAACUUGUCAAGUUGAAAAUGGCCAUAAUGCCAAUUGUGGCAGCUCUAAAGCAGCUUAUCCGUACUCCCCAAGGGACAAUUUCGGAGAUUCGCCAGAUUUACCAAGCAGCUUUAGAGAUAAUAGGGACACUUACUACUACUUGUCACGCUGUGGAUGGGCAUUUAUUCUUAUUGGGUUGUUCUUUGUUGUUGUUGCACUUUUCUCGAUUCCUUUGAAUUUCUGUUUUGUUAUCGGCGGUACCAUUUCUACGAUUUCGACUUCCCUUUCAUUAUUAUUCACCAUUACCGCUGCUUGUUUGAUCACCGCUGCCCACGUUAAAGGAAGAAACGCAUUUAACAAAGCCGGUUAUCACACUACAUUGAGCGCCAAGUCAUUUGGUAUCUUAUGGGCAGCUGUUGCUUGUUUGAUUAUUUGCUUAGCAACUUCUAUUGUUGCAAUUUGGGGAACAAAGAGAGGCAACAGAAAGAGAUUUGGAACUGGUGUAGCCGGUUAUGACCAAAGAAAUGGCGUUAAUGGAGAGCAAAAUGUAUAUGCAAAAGAAAGUUCUGGCGAUUACGCACAAGGAAACUAUGACGAAUCGGCAAAUAGAGGUGUCGUAGCAGGUGAAGGAGAACCCAUUUCUGAUGCUUCAAAAUUCAGAUUCUUUAGAGUGAAAAGAGCCAAGCCUGAGGAAAUCUAG